AAUAUCCGCUUGUUUUCAACUUUGAAAGAAUUCUUUCCGAUAAAUGGGUAGACAUUGAAUUCAUCAACUAAAAAGCAAAGCAAAUGGUUGCAGUAUUUGAUGGAGUUUUUCGAUAAAGAAAAGCAAAAAAGGUGAAGAAAAGAUCGAGGCUUUAUUUGAUUCUGUGUUGAUCAAAAGGCUUUUGAAUAGGGUUUUGAUUGAAAACUGAAGAUGGGUUAUGAUUUUUAUGUGCUCUGUUUCCUCAAUCUCAGUUGCCAUAAAGAAAGAUUUCUUGAGCAUCGGAAGCCGGUAUGAGGAAUAGGAAUCAGAGCAGAGUACAAAAUAGCAGUAGAUUAAACCGAAAGUUUGGAAAAUUGGUGCAGUGCCUGUGCUCGGGUGAACAAUCUCGUAGCGCAGAUGAGAUGAUCCCGUCACCAGACUCGCUAGCAACGAAAGACUACUCAGCAAGUGCUUAUUCUUCUCAAGCCACAGGAGAAAACCAUAGAAAACCAGAUACCGGUAGUAUUGAAGAAGCAGAACUAUCGCUUCGCGAAAGUGGUUCUCUGAAUUAUGAGGAAGCACGAGCAUUGCUAGGAAGAUACGAGUAUCAAAAAGGAAACAUAGAAGCCGCUCUUCAUGUAUUUGAAGGGAUCGAUAUAGCUACCGUCACUCCAAAGAUCAAAAAUAGUCUUGCAAAAAUAGGGGAACCUCGGAAAAGACGUUCUCAUAACUACGCCAUUCCACCAUUAUCUGCACAUGCGCUCAGUUUACUUCUCGAAGCAAUUUACUUGAAAUCGAAAUCGUUACAGGUUCUUGGGAGGUAUAAAGAAGCUGCUCAAUCGUGCAAAGUUAUACUUGACGUUGUGGAAUCAUCGUUACCGGAUGGCUUACCGGAAAACUUCGGUGCUGACUGUAAAUUACAGGAGACUCUGAAUAAAGCAGUCGAGUUGCUUCCUGAGUUAUGGCAACUCGCUGAUUCACCUCAGGAAGCGAUCUUGUCUUUCCGGCGCGCACUCCUCCAUCAUUGGAACCUCGAUGAAGAAACAAUAGCAAAAAUCGGAAAAGAUUUUGCCGUUUUUCUUCUUUAUAGUGGAGGCAAAGAUGCAAUCCCGCCAAAUCUACGAUCCCAGAUGGACAGUUCAUUCGUACCAAGAAAUAACAUCGAAGAAGCUAUUCUACUUUUGAUGAUUUUACUAAAAAAGAUUAAUUUGAAGAAAAUCGAGUGGGACCCGUCUGUGAUUGAUCAUCUUUCUUACGCGUUGUCGAUUUCUGGUGGGCUUGGGGCUCUAGGUAAGCAAUUGGAAGAAUUGCUUCCGGCGGUUAUCGACAGAAAAGAACGGUACUUUCUUUUAUCUCUUUGUUACUAUGGAGAAGGUGACGGUUUAUCGGCUUUGAAUUUGCUGAGAAAUAUAUAUAAGCACGAUGAUCCAAAUUACGUGCCGGCUUUACUAAUGGCGUCGAAAAUUUGUGGGGAGAAUCCCGAUUUUGUGGAAGAAGGCGUAAAUCUUGCGAAAAGAACGAUUCAUUUGGGAAAUAAAUGCAACGCGAUGGUUGGAGUUGCAUAUUCUUUAUUGGGUAUUUCGCUUUUGGAACAUUCGAGAUCAGCUUUGACCGAUUCCGAAAGAGUUGACCAACAGUCGGAGGCGAUUCAGUGUUUAGAAACCGCCGGGAGGUUGACCCGAAUGGUUGACUCGAGAAUCGUUUACUGUUUGAGUUUAGAAAACGCUGAGCAGAGGAAACUGGAUACGGCUCUUGGUCUGGCGAAACGGUUGAUUAAACUCGAAGGAGGGUCCCGCCUUCGAAGUUGGUUGUUAUUGGCUCGAAUCUUGUCGGGCCAGAAACUGUUUUCCGAUGCCGAAACGAUCGUGAACGCGGGUUUGGAUCAAAGCGGAAAAUGGGAUCAAGGAGAAUUGUUGAGAACCAAAGCCAAGCUACAAUUAGCACAGGGUCAAGUAAAGAAUGCCAUUCAUACAUACACUCAACUUCUUGCUGUUCUUCAAGUUCAGAAUAAAAGUUUUCGAACUCGAACUCGAUCGAAGAAUCUUGAGGUUGGCGGUAAACAUGAUAAAGAUUUGGAACUAGAAACAUGGCAUGAUCUGGCUAUGGUGUAUAUAAGCUUAUCUCAGUGGCUCGAUGCCGAAGCAUGUCUUUCGAAAUCCGAGGCUAUCGAUUACUACUCUUCGUCUCGAUGGCAUAUCACCGGUUUGUUGUAUGAAGCAAAGGGUCUCACAAGAGAAGCUCUAAAAGCUUACCAAAAUUCUCUGGAUAUUGAUCCCGGUCAUGUUCAAAGUCUCGUUUCGAUGGCAUUGGUUCUGAGACGGGUUGGCGGAAAGUCUGGACCCGCGAUAAGAAGCUUCUUGACGGAAGCAUUGCGGCUAGACCGAAUGAACUCGUCGGCGUGGUAUAAUCUUGGCCACUUCUAUAAAGACGAGGGUCCUAUGUUCAUAAAGGAAGCGGCCGACUGUUUCGAGGCUGCUACGAUACUCGAGGAAACUGAACCUGUUGAGCCGUUUAGAUGACGACAAUACGUUUGCCGAUUUACGUACAUAAUAACGGGUGUAAUCUUUAGAAAAUAAUGAAAAUCUGUACCAUAAAUAUCUGAAGAGAACAGAAUGAGAUCCCUUUUGCCAUUUUGGUAGUUUUUCAAA